GUAAUUGCUCAUUUCUGAAUCAUUAUAAGAUUUAUGCAUUCAUUUCUAUUUAAACGUUGACUUUUUGACACAUAAACUGUUUUCUAGGUUAACUUGAUUCCCCUCGUUGAAUUCGAGGCUAUAUACGGUAUCAGUAUUAAGAACAACAAAUACACAUACUCCUACAAGAAUUUAUCAUAAAAAGGAUUACGAUUAAAAGUUAGACACCUUCAAAAUGUCGACAUCGCCCGUAUAUGUAGAUGUACAAGAAAACGAUGAUGAUAGACAUAACAUCAACAGCAUGGAAACAAAAAACAAAAAGAUCGACUUUUCAGAUAGAACGAUGAAGUCAAGAGACAAUAUUAGAACAUUUGCCUUUCUUGGUCUCGUAUUGCUGAGUUUAGUGAUUCUCAUACUAGCCGGGAUAUUCAUCACAUCAAUUAACGACAUAGGUAACGGCACCUGUACAAAUUCCACUGGCGCAAACUUCACGUGUUCUCAAGAAAACUCCACAAAAACGGAUGCCACUGCACGGUCAACAUUCCCACUGACUCUGAAACGACUGGAAAUAGAAGUGUGGUAGUCCCUAAUGAUUCUGUGACGAUAGGCAGUACUGUGACUGUAAGCGGUUCUGUUGAUUCUGAGACGACAGAAACUAGUAUUGCAGACGUUCCAACUGACUCUCAGGAAACGACUGAAAUUCCCUAGCCUUUUCUAAAAAUGAGGGCAGAAACAUCAACCCGGCUAACUGACUACAAACGGUUUCAUGAAUCUCAUCUGACUGUAUCUAGAAUUGUGGAAUUUAUAAAAGAAAAGCAUUAUCAAUUUAUUGAAAUGCCAUUGAGGAAUGCCAUAUAUCAAUCAAUAUCAAAUUACCCUAGUAUAUAGUUUGUAUGUAAAUGUAUAAUUAUAUAACUAUCUACCUAAUUUUUUUCCAACUCGAAAGCAAGUUAAUGUACCACUGUAGCUG